UAGUUGGAAUGGAAUGGAAGACUUACCUAUCGACCUACCUACCUAUCGUGUUGUUUUGAUUUGAUAUCAAAUCAAAUCAAACAAAACUUUGUAGUAAACCAAAAAACAAAUGAUGUAAAAGUGAAUAUUGUUCCUUCCCUUCAUUUUACACUUGACUAUUAUCUUUUACCUCAGUUCGCCUCAGACCAUUACAACAUAUAAAAAUGUAUUUCCUUAUUCAAAGCUGAACUUGUCACCUAUCGUGAAUGUGUUGAUUAUUGCUUCAGUGUAGCACUGUGUGUAGUUUUGUUGUUGGUUUUAUAGUCUAAGUAAUAUGUACCAACAUUCGGAAUCGACUGAAGUUGGUAUCAAAACAGGACUGGUAUCAGAUGAUACUCCGCUAGAUGGAUUUCAAAUGCAUCCUGAGUCAAUUGGUGUUCCCCAUGAGCAAGUGGAGGUCAAAACUGAACCAGAAUCAGUAGACGCCACUCCAGCUGUGAUCAAAGUGGAACCGUAUGACGAUAAUGUUGAAACAAAAAGUGAGAAAUUAUUUGAAUUAUCACAGCUGUCAGGAGUUGGAGCGUUUAACAUCUUUGAUGUGAAAUUUGAGAUUGAUGGAGAUGGUCCCAUGCAUCCGGGACUUGAUGCAGACCCCUCCUCGGCUCAAAUGACAGCAGAUGACGAACUAAAACAAGCUGAAGGCAGAACAACCAACAGGGAACAGUGCGGGUCUCGAGAGUCAACCACUUGGACUGCUCAGGGACUCCAAUGUGAUGUUUAUCAGCAACAGUUUAAGAAAAUUGAGGACUUGAAAGUACAUUACAAAACACAUGUAGCAGAUCUCCGGUGUGAACGGUCAUCGAAGGAGUUUAGUAAAAAACUGUGUUCAUCAGAUGAAAUAAGAAUAUACAAUGAAGAAAAACCAUAUCACUGUGAAUUAUGUCCAAUGACCUUUAAUGUAAGAAGCAAGUUAUCAUGUCACAUGAGCUUUCACACCGGUGAGAAACCUUACCAAUGUGACAUAUGUCAAAAGGCAUUCAGUCAAGAACGCUAUUUAAAAAGACAUAAAAUAAUUCACACUAUAGAUAAACCAUUUAAAUGUGAUGUAUGUCAAAAGGCUUUUACAGAGGAAAGCAAAUUACGAGUUCACACAACGAUUCACACUAGGGAGAAACUUUACCGAUGUCAUAUAUGUCAAAAAGAGUUUUAUCGAAUACAUAAUUUAACAAGACACUUAAAAACACACACUGACCUGAUAUCUUUCAAAUGUGUUGUGUGUUUUAAAGUGUUUGAACAAAAAACUAAAUAUACAAGACACAUGCGGACUCACUCCGAAAAUAGACAGUUUCAGUGUGAAAUUUGUAAAAGCCGAUUUAAUAGGAAAUCUAAUUUAUCAUCUCACAUAAGAAUUCACACCGGUGAGAAACCUUAUCAAUGUGACAUGUGUGAAUUCCGGUGUAAUAAGAAAUCAUAUAUGGCAUUUCAUAUACGCAAUCACACCGGUGAGAAACGUUUUCCAUGUGAAGUGUGUCAUUACAAAUUUGACAAGAAAAGUGAUUUAUUAAUCCAUACAAGAAGCCACACUGGUGAGAAACCUUUUCAAUGUGACAUCUGUCAAUUCCGUAGUAGUCAGAAAUCUACUUUGGUGUCGCAUAUACGAAAUCACAUAGGCAGGCAGCCUCACCAGUGUGAAGUGUGUCCGAAACGGUUUAACCGGAAGUCUGAAUUAUUGAAACACAUGAGAAUUCACACUGGUGAGAAACCUUUCAAAUGUGACGUGUGUAAAAGGGCCUUUAAUCAGAAAUCGCAUUUGACACAUCACAAGAGAGUCCACACUGGGGAGAAACCCUUACGGUGUCAAUUGUGUGAAUACUGGUGUUUUCACAGAUCUUCUCUAUUAGCACACACGAGAACUCACACUGGUGAGAAACCUUUUCAAUGUGACAUAUGUCAAAAGGCAUUUGUUCAGAAAUCGAAUUUAAAAAAACACAAGAGAACUCAGCACAGAGAAGACCCGAUGUCAAGUGCGCCAAUGGCGCUCAGUCAAACAGGUAAUUUAUGAUAAGUCUUCAGUAUGAAUCAAUACAUACAAUACAAUACAAUACAAGAAAA